AUGGCCAAAUCAGCAACAGUAGCAACUACGGCCCCGCCUCAACCUCAAGCCCAACUCGAUGCGGUCGGCAUCUUCUGGAUCACAUGGGCGAGCGUCUGGACUGUUUUCAUACUGUCUGGUAUGGGCUUCCUCUUCCAAAAUCGCCGCAUGCCACUUUUGCGAAUGCGAGGGUUGCCGUUAUCAUUCGCCGCAGUCGUUCUACUGCAUAUAUACUGGAUAUCAGUCCAGAUUGGUUAUAUCAUCGGUCCAUUCGUCCCCGACGGCGCCGAGUUCUGGGUCAUGGGCCUAUGGCUGCCCUUCGGUAUUGCGCUUUUUCAUGCUGCCAACAGCCGAUUUCUUGACGUUUCCAGCGCCCAGAAGAAGUUUGCCGUCACGAAUGCUCGUGAAAAAGCGACUGCGUCCUCGAAGAAGACUAUCCUUAGCCGGCUGCGCUGCAUGGGCCAUACUAAGAGGAUGCUGGUGUUUGUUGGCACGGGAAUGGUCCUCCAGCUUCUUCUCACCGUUAUUAUGUGGCUUAUUUCACGAAAAUAUCAUCCAUGGUUUGGAGUUCCGGGUACAGAGGUCAAUGGAUCUCCACUCGAAAUUAAACUCGCCAGGGGAAAGGGAUGGGAGUGGUGGCCGUCCGUCUUCUGGCAAUUCGUGUGGGCGUGGAUAAUUGCCCCCGUCAUUCUAUGGAAGUCCCGCAAAAUUCAUGACACCAUCGGUUGGCGAUUUCAAACUAUUGCAUGCUGCCUUUCCAACCUUCAUGCAACACCAAUGUGGCUGAUCGCAUUGUACGUACCAGAGAUGGCUCCAGUCAAUGCAUACUGGAUCCCGCCUCAGUGGCUCUGUCUGUCCAUCAUGCUGCUAGAAAUAUUCACCAUCUUCAUUCCCUGCUGGCAAGUCCUAAGACACCAAACAUUGCGUCAAGAAACACUUGAAGCAAUAGCAGCCUGGGAAUACAGAAAUAACGGCAACGGCGAUAGCUCAACAGCCGGAUCACGAUCCAGCAAGAUGGCCAAGUCAUUGAUUUCAUGGAACUCCAUGAGCAUCAUGGAGAAGGGAUCAAGACACUCCGCCACCAGCUGCUGCAGCGAGAGUCUCCUCACCAUGGGUGCCCUCGAGCACGUCCUAACGAACAACCCGAAUACUUUGCGCCAUUUCUCGGCCUUCAAGGAUUUUUCAGGGGAGAACAUCGCCUUCCUAACCACCGUCGCCGAGUGGAAGGGCUCACUUGUACCCAAACCCACAAGCGAUCAGCUCAGCGAGCAAUUCACCGGCGCCUUGCGCAUCUACAGUGACUUCAUCAGCCCCCGCGACGCCGAAUUUCCCAUCAACAUCUCGUCUACAGAGUUGAAGAAUCUCGUAACCAUGUUCGAGCGGGCCGCGAGGAUCCUCUAUGGAGACAAGCCGCUUGUUGAUCCUGACAUGAUCACGCCGUUUGAGGGCUUUAAGUGGCCCAUGAAGGCCGACCCGCUACGCUUGGCGUCACAACCCUCAAAGAACGCCAUUCACGGGCCAGCAACAGACGAAUUAAACGUCAGCACCACUGAGCUUCGGGCUAUUUCCAAAAGAGUCCAGUACUGGGGCGAUAUCCCUGAAGGGUUUGAUGGGACGGUGUUUGACAAUGCGGAAACUAGCAUCAAGUAUCUGGUUUUAACAAACACAUGGCCUAAGUUUGUGAAGGAGCGACGUCAGUCGAUGGAUUCGCACAACUCCGAGGACACCUAUGGCACGCAGUGUCCCAAGCUGCCAGUUUUGGGCCGGUUGUUGAAACGUCCCUCAUGGAUGUGCUUUUAG